AUGGACGUGGACGUGAACGUGGACGUGGACGUGGACGUGGACGUGGACAUGGACGUGGUCGUGGACGUGGACGUGGACGUGGACGUGGACGUGAACGUGGACGUGGACGUGAACGUGGACGUGGACGUGGACCUGGACGUGGACGUGGACGUGGACGUGGACGUGGACGUGGACAUGGACGUGGAGGUGAACGUGGACGUGGACGUGGACGUGGACGUGGACGUGGACGUGGACGUAGACGUGGACGUGGUCGUGGACGUGGACGUGGUCGUGGACGUGGACGUGGACGUGGACGUGGACGUGGACGUGGACAUGGACGUGGACGUGGACGUGGAAGUGGACGUGGACGUGGUCGUGGACGUGGACGUGGACGUGGACGUGGACGUGGACCUGGACGUGGACGUGGACACGGACGUGGACAUAGACGUGGACGUAGACGUGGACGUGGUCGUGGACGUGGACGUGGACGUGGACGUGGACGUGGACGUGGACGUGGUCGUGGACUUGGACAUGUUCGUGGACGUGGUUGUGGACUUGGACAUGUUCGUGGGCGUGGUCGUGGACGUGGACGUGGACGUGGACGUGGACAUGGACCUGGACGUGGACGUGGACAUGGACAUGGAUGUGGACGUGGACGUGGACGUGGACGUGGACGUGAACGUGGACGUGGACGUGGACGUGGACGUGAACGUGGACGUGGACGUGGACGUGAACGUGGACGUGGACAUGGUCGUGGACGUGGACGUGGACGUGGACGUGGUCGUGGACGUGGACGUGGACAUGGACGUGGACGUGGACGUGAACGUGGACGUGGACCUGGACGUGGACGUGGACGUGGACGUGGACGUGGACGUGGACGUGGACGUGGUCGUGGACGUGGACGUGGACGUGGACGUGGUCGUGGACGUGGACGUGGACAUGGACGUGGACGUGGACGUGAACGUGGACGUGGACCUGGACGUGGACAUGGACGUGGACGUGGACGUGGACGUGGACGUGGACGUGGACAUGGACGUGGACGUGGACAUGGACGUGGACGUGGACAUGGACGUGGAGGUGGACGUGGACGUGGACAUAGACGUGGACGUAGACGUGGACGUGGACAUAGACGUGGACGUAGACGUGGACGUGGACAUGGACGUGGAGGUGGACGUGGACGUGGACAUAGACGUGGACGUAGACGUGGACGUGGACAUAGACGUGGACGUAGACGUGGACAUGGUCGUGGACGUGGACGUGGACGUGGACGUGGACGUGGACGUGGACGUGGACGUGGACAUGGACGUGGAGGUGAACGUGGACGUGGACGUGGACGUGGACGUGGACGUGGACGUAGACGUGGACGUGGUCGUGGACGUGGACGUGGUCGUGGACGUGGACGUGGACGUGGACGUGGACGUGGACGUGGACGUGGACAUGGACGUGGACAUGGACGUGGACGUGGACGUGGACGUGGUCGUGGACGUGGACGUGGACGUGGACGUGGACCUGGACGUGGACGUGGACAUGGACGUGGACAUAGACGUGGACGUAGACGUGGACGUGGUCGUGGACGUGGACGUGGACGUGGACGUGGACGUGGUCGUGGACUUGGACAUGUUCGUGGACGUGGUCGUGGACGUGGACAUGGACGUGGACGUGGACGUGGACGUGGACGUGGACAUGGACGUGGACGUGGACGUGGACGUGGACAUGGACGUGGACAUGGACAUGGACGUGGACGUGGACGUGGACGUGGACGUGGACGUGAACGUGGACGUGGACGUGGACGUGGACGUGAACGUGGACGUGGACAUGGUCGUGGACGUGGACGUGGACGUGGACGUGGUCGUGGACGAGGACGUGGACAUGGACGUGGACGUGGACGUGAACGUGGACGUGGACCUGGACGUGGACGUGGACGUGGACGUGGACGUGGACGUGGACGUGGACAUGGACGUGGACGUGGACAUGGACGUGGACGUGGACGUGGACGUGGACGUGGACCUGGACAUGGACGUGGACAUGGUCGUGGACAUGGACGUGGACGUGGACGUGGACGUGGACGUGGACGUGGAGGUGGACGUGGAGAUGGACGUGGAGGUGGACGUGGAGGUGGAGGUAGACGUGGACGUGGACGUGGAGGUGGACGUGGACGUGGCAUGGACGUGGACGUGGACAUGGACGUGGACGUGGACGUGCACACGUGGACGUGGACGUGGACAUGACAUGGACGUGGACGUGGACGUGGACGUGGACAUGGACGUGGACGUGGACGUGGACAUGGACGUGGACGUGGACAUGGUCGUGGACGUGGACGUGGAUGUGGACGUGGACUUGGACGUGGACGUGGAUGUGGACGUGGACGUGGACCUGGUCAUGGACGUGGACGUGGACGUGGACGUGGUUGUGGUCCUGGUCGUGGACGUCGACGUGGACGUGGACGUAGACGUGGUCGUGGACCUGGUCGUGGACGUGGACGUGGACGUGGACGUGGACAUGGACGUGGACGUGGUCGUGGACGUGGUCGUGGACGUGGUCGUGGUCGUGGACGUGGACGUGGACGUGGACGUGGACAUGGACAUGGACGUGGACAUGGACGUGGACGUGGACGUGGACGUGGUCGUGGACGUGGACGUGGACGUGGACGUGGACAUGGACGUGGUCGUAGACGUGGACGAGGACGUGGACGUGGACGUGGACGUGGUCGGGGACGUGGACGUGGUCGUGGACGUGGACGUGGACGUGGACGUGGACCUGGACGUGGACGUGGACGCGGACGCGGACGUGGACGUGGACGUGGACGCGGACGUGGACGUGGACGUGGACGUGGACGUGGACGUGGACGGGGACACGGACGUGGACGCGGACGUGGACGCGGACGCGGGACGUGGACGUGGACGUGGACGGGGACGCGGACGUGGACGCGGACGUGGACGCGGACGCGGACGUGGACGUGGACGUGGACAUGGACGUGGACAUGGUCGUGGACGUGGUCGUGGUCGUGGACGUGGACGUGGACGUGGACGUGGACGUGGACGUGGACGUGGACGUGGUCUUGGACAUGGACUUGGACGUGGACGUGGACGUGGACAUGGACGUGGACGCGGACGUGGUCGUGGACGUGGACGUGGACGUGGACGCGGACGUGGACGUGGACGUGGACGCGGACGUGGACGUGGACGUGGACGUCGACGUGGACGUGGACGUGGACGUGGACGUCGACGUGGUCGCGGACGUGGACGUCGACGUGGUCGCGGACGCGGACGUCGACGUGGACGCGGACGUGGACGUCGACGUGGACGCGGACGUGGACGUCGACGUGGACGCGGACGUGGACGUCGACGUGGACGUGGACGUGGACGUGGUCGUGGACGUGGACGUGGACGUGGACGUGGACGUGGACGUAGACGUGGACGUGGACAUGGACGUGGUCGUGGACAUGGACGUGGACGUGGACGUGGACGUGGACGUGGACGUGGACGUGGAUCUGGACGUGGACGUGGACGUGGACGUGGACGUGGACAUGGACGUGGUCGUGGACGUAGACGUGGAUCUGGACGUGGACGUGGUCGUGGACGUGGACGUGGACGUGGACGUGGACGUGGACGUGGACGUGGAGGACUAGGACGUGGACGUGGACGUCGACGUGGACGUGGACGUGGACGUGGACGUGGACGUGGACGUGGACGUGAACGUGGACGUGGUCGCGGACGCGGACGUCGACGUGGACGCGGACGUGGACGUGGACGUGGACGCGGACGUGGACGUGGACGUGGACGCGGACGUGGACGUGGACGUGGAGGACUAGGACGUGGACAUGGACGUGGACGUGGACGUGGACGUGGACGUGGACGUGGACUAGAUCUGGACGUGGACGUGGACGUGGACGUGGACGUGGACAUGGACGUGGUCGUGGACGUAGACGUGGAUCUGGACGUGGACGUGGUCGUGGACGUGGACGUGGACGUGGACGUGGUCGUGGACGUGGACGUGGAGGACUAG